CACGACCCCACACUCCGCGAACCCCGUUACGGCAUCAAUCAUGGCGCGAGAACCGGUGGCCAUUACGGAGGACUUUUUGUUGGAUCACGUUGGCGUAUACGACAUCGUGGGGACGAAGGAGCUCUUGCUGCGUAACGAAGGCAUCGAACGACUGGACGAAGCGUGCGCGAAGAAGCUCGUGUCGCUCGAGCUCUUAUCGCUGUCCCACAACGCUCUCGAGUCGUUAAAUCAUUUUCAGCAUCUCACCAACCUCGUUGAGCUCAACGUGAAUUUCAAUCAAAUCGCAUCCCUUGACACGCUUCAGUGCUUUGGUUUGCAAAAACUUUACGUGGCCAACAACAAACUAACGUCGAUUGCGCACCUGCGGUCGUUUCCGCAGCUUGUCCACGUGUCCGUGUUUGGAAACCAACUGACUGACUUUGACGGCGUCAUGCACACCUGCCGGCAUCUUCACAAGCUGCGGGGACUAGACUUGGACGGAAACCCAUGCGCCCGCGUCAAGGGGUAUAAAUACCUCGUGCUGAGUCGGCUCACUCGACUAAAAGAACUCGAUGGUGACACCAUCCAUGCUUUGGAUCGCGAACUGCUGCUUGAACAGCAGCCCCUGCCACCGUCGUGUCGACCGUCCACGGCUCCGCCAGCCCCGCCCACGACGAGCAGUUUGACCCGCAUGUCGUCGCGCAGUUCGCUUCUGGACACUGUUGCCGAGAAGGAAGCGUCGCUCGCGUCCUUGCGCGGCCCUGUUCACCUGUUUCGCGAUGAUUUUCUCAAUAACAACUCCAUCUUGCUCGAGUACUUGGCGCAGGGUGUUGAUGGCCAUCGCCCGACGCAAGACUCGCCAGCAAGUGCUACUGACGCCGCACUCGCAACGCCUUCGUCCACGUUUGUGGGCAAAAUGCGGCAGGCGAAUCCGAAUCCCGCGCUUGAGGCAGUCCCUCUUCCGUCGGACGCGGAAGACGGUGGUGGUCGAAGCGCGCCGUGCCCCAUGGCCACCCCCGCGCCUCUCGCCACACACUCCAUCGUCGACCCAUCCGAUCCCCACGCUACCAUUCGAAAGCUACUCAAACACAUUGAACACUUGGAGGCUAGCGUCGACAUGUACAAGUCGAGUGCGUCGGAUGCAACGAUGGAAAGGCUCUUGGAAGCCAACCAUCGGUUGCGCAUCGAGAACAACAACAUCCCGAUCUUACAGGAAGAAAUCCAAGCACUCAAGGCCACCCUUCGCCACGCACCACCCGACUACAACGACAGCGGUGAAACCAGCGCAGGGACAGCCAAGGCAGCAUCCAUCAAAGCACUGCAGGACGAAAACGCCGCCCUGACGAGACAAGUGCACAAACUUCGCACGAUGCUGGCAACCCGCCAAGCGACGGACGAAACGAUGUCCGCCAAGCAGUCGAAAGAAGAAAUUCUCGACGAAGCCGCCAACGUCGAUGUCGAGCUCACCGCGUUGAUCAUGCAAAACGAAAUCUCGCUUCAAGUGAUGCGACAGACCAUUCAAAAGACCAAACUCGACCUGCAACAAGACCGCGCCGCUCGAUUGACGGGCCAUCAGCGUCCCAGUACAAGCGCGGGCAUUGAACGCACCGGCGUGGCGGACUCGGGCCCGCGGCUCUCGGCCUUGUCUGGAGCGGUUCGCUCGCCCACCACCCGCCGUCAGCUGCACACGUCGGCCGGCCACCGUCCACGUCCGUCCUCCUCGUCGCAUCACGCCCCUGCCGAAGCCAUAUUCAACAAAACAUCCAAGUCGAAGCCAUCGAUAACGAAGUGCCCAUCCGUGCCAGAAGCUCCCACCUCGGACGUCAAUGACCACGACGGCACCGCCAGCAACAACAACCACGCGCCAGAUCUCCUGGUGCUGUAGCCCCACGACCCAUCGAUCUCGAUUUCGUUUUUCUCCAAUGUCUCGUUGAAUGCACUCAAACGAAUUGUUUGUGUUGGACA